CACACUCGCAAAUCCUGGAGACGCAACUGGCCACUUUCCAUACUAAUCAAUUCUGCAUCACUGUCAUUCAAAUCUUCAUCACUAUUCAAAUGAAUUUCAUUGCACCUUCCUCAUGAAUUUCUCGUAUACCUCCUAUUUCAUCAACAUCUCCUCCAACAUUAAGCCCUCCUAAGCUCCUAGUUACCCUCUCACUAAUGUCAUGAUCUACAUUUAAAGCAAAUAGAUCGUCAUCACUGUCAUCUUCAAAAUCACCCUCACUUAAGUAAACAUCACUAUCACCACUGUCAGAGUUCAAAUUAAUAUUAAUGGCCUCCUCCACCAUUUUAUACACUGAAAAGUCAAUGUUUAUCCUACAAAUUAAUACAAAGCCAUAAACCAUUUUCAAUUUCAAUCAACCAAUUAAACAUGCCUUUUCCAAUUGUAAAAAUCAACAGGUUGUACAAGCAAUUUUCAAUACCUUUAAUAUAAAAUUCAACCAAAAAUUAAGGUAAAGCUAAAAGUAAUGACUACGUUAAUUAUUUAUAAUUAAUCCAUUUUUCAAUACAAAUUAAAGUAGUCAACUAUAACCCUAACCCAAUUAUACAAAAUUAGUGGGUGGUUCAAGAUGUUUGUUAUUACAUGGUUUUUUGUAUAAUAGUCCAAUUGGUCCCCUUGAUUAGAUUACCACGAUGCCCUUUUUUAUUCUUCACCAUGACAGAGAGAGAACGAGUGAAUUUAAAGGAAAAUUGGUACUUUUUUGUAAGUUAAAUCAUUCAAAGAAAGAGAGUAUAAUUAUAUAUUUACCUCUUUGGAUGAUUAUUAAAAUCCCUGCAAUGCCUUCAAUGCGUCAACCUGGCAGAAUUGUUUAAUUCUUUGCAGUUUCUUAAUGGAGUGAGAAGAGAGAGAGGCUGAGAGUGGGGGGGUGGGGGACAUCUGAUGAAGGGUGACAAAAGGGAGGGGAUUCGUGAAUAGAAUUGGGGAAAAAUAGGGAUUUAAUUAGUCACGGUUCUUGCACGUGCAAGUCAACGCCGGAAUAGGUAGUCAAUGGCCGAAAAAAAUUGAGUGGUAAUCUUUCACAAAAAAAAAUUCAUAAUUGGUAGUUUCUAACAAAAAAUAAUUUAAAAGGUAGUUUCUCGUAAAAUGUUAAACUUAAAAGGUUGUUUCUCAUAAAUUUUCCCAAAAAAAAAAAAAAAAAAUUCUGUAAAAAUCUUUUACUAGUAAAUGAGUUUUUUUUUUUUUAAAAAAAAAAAUAAAAAAAUUGAGUACAUUAAACCAAACGGUGCCAUUCAAGUCCGGUAGUAGAGUACUCGUGUUCGUAUCACCAAAACAAGCAAGACUGCAAGAGAUCGAGCAGUAAUCUGAGGCCCAUUAUCGGAAACCGGAGCAACCGGCGGCGACAGGGUGCUCGGCAAUUUCUGUCUACUUUAUUGUCGGGAUCAACGGAUUUAUUCUCAAUAUAAGGAAAACAUUGUUACUGUUAGAAUUUCCUUCAUAAAUCAAAGGCCUUGGUCGUGUGGUGUUUAGAAUUCUGAUUUUGGUAAAACUUAGAACUCUCACUUUGGAGUUGUUGGUGAUGGGUUCCGUUGAGGCAGAAAAUUUUUGUGAUAUUAAUUCUUUUAUGGCGCUUGCAAUAGAAGAAGCAAAACUUGCUUUGGAGAGACUUGAGGUGCCUGUGGGUUGUGUGAUUGUUGAGGAUAAAAAAGUCAUUGCAUCUGGGAGUAAUCGUACUAACGAGACACGGAAUGCUACAAGACAUGCAGAGAUGGAUGCUAUUGAUAGCCUUCUACUGCAGUGGCAACAAGAUGGACUUUCUCAAUCAGAUGUUGCUAAGAAGUUUUCAAACUGUGUUCUAUAUGUUACAUGUGAGCCUUGCAUAAUGUGUGCAGCUGCUUUAUCAUUUAUGGGAUUAAAGGAAGUGUACUAUGGAUGUGCUAAUGAUAAGUGGGGAUGUGGGUCAAUUCUUUCCCUUCAUUCAACUAGCUAUGAGCACUCCAACGUUGCAGAAGCAAAAGGCUAUAAGUGUACCGGAGGGAUAAUGGCAUCAGAAGCAGUUUCUCUUUUUCAAACUUUCUAUGAACGUGGAAAUCCUAAUGCACCCAAGCCUCACAGGACAGUUGUUCCCUGACACCCCCUCUUCCUUGUUCUGUGCUCCACAAUGGUUCUACGUUCAAUGUUUCUAUAACUCAUUGACGCUACAAAUGAUAGUGUAUAUUGAGGGGCAGAAAAGUAGAAUGAUUGAGGGUGGUCAGCCUCUUCACAAUCUAUUUAAAACUUCAAUUGACACCUCUCAGCUCUACUUGUUGAAUUAUGUAGAAAAUGAACUCUCGACAAAGUAUUAUUGUAUUUUUUCUGGGCAGAUCUUGUGGCAAGGGGCAGUAUCUCAGCAUAUACCCUUGUCAUUAAUGAUACAACUUAUCGCCAUUAUAUGGUUUAAUGACUAUGUUCCUUGGUUAUUUCAUGGAUUUCAAAA